AUGUCCCGUCGGAAACAGACCACUCCUAACAAAGUUCACUGGGAGCGGCUGGAGGAGCAAGCCCGCCAAGCCAUGAUGAAAAGCAACUUUCCCGGAGCCCUCGGGGACCAGAGGCCAUCCCUUCACCCGCUGCAAGAUCCCGACUCCAGCAGCAGUGAGCAAGCCCGCCAAGCCAUGAUGAAAAGCAACUUUCCCGGAGCCCUCGGGGACCAGAGGCCAUCCCUUCACCCGCUGCAAGAUCCCGACUCCAGCAGCAGCGGCAGCGAUGAUGAGGAAACCACCCAGGAUGAAGUUUCUUCUCAUACAUCUGAGGAGGACGGCGCAGUGGUGAAAGUGAAGAAGGAACUGGAGAAUGCGGAGCAGCCUGCAGCUGGAACCCCGCUGGUGAGAGGAAACGAGGCAAGUAGUUUGAGCGCUGACCCUACGCUGGGGCUGUCUCAGUGCCCCCUCUGCCAGCUGGAGUGCGGAGGCCGAGAGCAGCUUAUUGCCCACGUGUACCAGCACACAGCAGCGGUGGUGAGCGCCAAGAGCUACAUGUGUCCCGUAUGCGGGAGAGCCCUCAGCUCACCGGGAUCCCUGGGGCGACAUCUCCUGAUCCACUCGGAGGACCAGCUGUCGAACUGCGCGGUGUGCGGAGCACGCUUCACCAGCCACGCCACGUUCAACAGGUCAGGGUCACCCUGGCUGGCGAGUGGGCUUGGGACCCACAUUAGUGAUGAGAAGCGGCCAGAGGUGCUCAGCGCCGAUCGCCUGCCAGCACCACGGAGCGAGGGCUCCUCCAGCGUCGAGGGGAAGGACAUUUCAGGGUUUCACAGCCCUGUGUACCCCGCAGGCAUCCUCCUGGUGUGCAACAACUGCGCUGCGUACCGCAAGCUGCUGGAGGCGCAGACGCCCGGCAUGCGAAAGUGGGCCCUUCGUCGGCAGAAUGAGCCCUUGGAGGUGCGGCUGCAGCGUCUGGAGCGGGAGCGCACGGCCCAGAAGGGGCGGCGGGGCAACGAAACGCCCGAAGAGCGGGGGAUGCGGGACCGAGAGGCGAAGCGCCUGCAGCGCAUGCAAGAGACAGAUGAGCAGCGGGCACGGCGGCUGCAGAGAGACCGGGAAGCCAUGCGACUGAAGCGCGCAAAUGAGACCCCAGAGAAACGACAGGCCCGGCUCAUCCGGGAGCGUGAGGCCAAGAGGCUCAAGCGGCGCCUGGAGAAAAUGGACAUGAUGCUCCGGGCACAGUUUGGCCAGGACCCGUCUGCCAUGGCCGCUUUGGCAGCUGAAAUGAACUUUUUCCAGCUGCCAGUGAGCAAUGUGGAGCUGGAGAGCCAGCUGCUGGGCAAAAUGACCUUUGAGGAGCAGAGCAACAGCACGCUGCACUGAGCUACAGCCGGGGCUGUGCCAGCUCUGCUGCCCCUGCCA